AUGGAGGAGCAAGGAGAACAGAUUAACGAGGAGUCGUACGGCCACCUGAUAGACCGCAGCUGCCAGGCGAGGAACUUGGAGAUGUGUCUGCGAUUAUGCGCAGAGGCCGAGAGCAGGGGUCUCGUACCUACUUUGCCUGCAGUAGAAGCCACCAUCCGUCUCGCGGCGGAGCUAGGUUACGCUCGCCUCGCCAUCGAGCUCGCAGAAGAUUUUGAGACGAAGUCUGUUCGGAGGAUAUCACCGGCCACCUGGAUUGCUUGUCUAGAAUCAUCGGCGGAAGCCUUAUACAAAGAAGGCGUCGCGGAGUGCUGGCACAAGGUUGUCACCGAGUUCCACAUCACCCCACACGAAGGCGUCUGCCUAGCCGUCCUCCACACCGCCGCACGACACGGUAUCCCAGCGUUGGCCAACGACGUUCUCAAGCAACUCACCACCCUCCAAGUCCCGCUCCAGGAGUACCACCUCGCCCCCGUCCUCGAAGCGUUCGCCGCCGAAGGCGAGCUCAAGGCGGCAUUCGGCGUGCUGAGCAUGAUGCGUUCGAUCGGCGCAACUCCGACGUUGCAAACCACGACCACGGUUCAGAACCUCGUCGCGAAGGACGCCGACGCGGUCGACCGAGCGUGGACGGCGCUCGAGGAGAUUCACGCAGGCGGCGAACCCGUAGACGUCGUCGCUCUCAACACCGUCUUGGAAUGCUGCUCCCGGCUCCAAGAUCUGCAACGCGCCAUCGGCAUCUAUAAAGCGGCGAAGGACCUUGGCGUUGAGCCCGACGUCACGACGUACAACAUCCUGUUCGCCGCCUGCACCCACCUAAAGCACCGCGAGCUCGGCGACAAGCUCCUAGAGGAGAUGCGGGCUGCGGACAUUCAGCCUAACCAUGACACGUACCACCGCUUCAUUCUGCUCUGCCUCACGCAGCACAACUACGAGGACGCGUUCUUCUACCUCGAGGAGAUGAAAAAAGCCGGGUUCAAGCCGCCCAUGGACGUCUACCAAUCGAUCAUUCGCAAAUGUGUCGCCCACAAAGAUUCCAGGUACAACAUCGCCGUGGAGGAAAUGGUGGAGUGUGGGUAUCCCCUCACCCAGGCGCUUCAGGACUAUAUCGACUCCGGUGGCAAGCCAACUAAGACUACUGCCCACCAGGAGACGGCGCCGGAAGAGGAAGAGGAAGAGACGAACCACGCUUCAAUCGAGGAGAAGGCCAGUCAGUUUAUGGCUGACCUUGCUGAGGCCGAUCGAGCGCCGCAGCGAAGAGCGACUGCGUCAAGCUGA